CGUGUUUCCGGUUCCGCUGCGGAAGGCUGCCGAGAGAAGCCGUUGGGCCGGACGCGACCCGGAGAAGCGGGGAGAGCGCGGGACGCGAGUGUGGAGCUCGGCGCGUAGAUCCACCAGCGAGAUGGGCGGGGAGCAGGAGGAAGAGCGGUUCGACGGCAUGUUGCUGGCCAUGGCGCAGCAGCACGAGGGCGGCGUGCAGGAGCUUGUGAACACAUUCUUCAGCUUCCUACGACGCAAAACAGACUUUUUUAUUGGAGGAGAAGAGGGGAUGGCAGAGAAGCUCAUCACACAGACCUUUAACCACCACAACCAGCUGGCACAGAAGGCCCGACGAGAGAAGCGAGCUCGGCAGGAGACUGAGCGGCGGGAGAAGGCAGAGCGUGCAGCCAGACUGGCCAAGGAGGCCAAGGCAGAGACCCCUGAACCCCAGAUCAAAGAGCUGACUGAUGAGGAAGCUGAGAGGCUGCAGCUGGAGAUUGACCAGAAAAAGGAUGCAGAGAAUCAGCUCAAGAAUGGCAGCCUUGGCUCACCAAAGAAGCAGGGUGCUGAGGAAGAGGAGGAAGAGGAAGACGAGAAGGACAAAGGGAAACUGAAGCCCAACCUAGGCAAUGGAGCUGACUUGCCCAAUUAUCGCUGGACCCAGACCUUGUCGGAGCUGGAUUUGGCAGUGCCCUUCCGUGUCAACUUCCGGCUGAAGGGGAAAGACGUAGUGGUGGACAUCCAGCGGCGGCACCUCCGGGUAGGGCUCAAGGGACAGCCAGCGAUCAUUGACGGGGAGUUGUAUAAUGAAGUGAAGGUGGAGGAGAGUUCGUGGCUCAUUGAGGAUGGCAAAGUUGUGACCGUGCAUCUGGAGAAGAUUAAUAAGAUGGAGUGGUGGAGCCGCUUGGUAUCCAGUGAUCCUGAAAUCAAUACCAAAAAGAUCAACCCUGAGAACUCUAAGCUGUCAGACCUCGACAGUGAGACCCGCAGCAUGGUGGAAAAGAUGAUGUAUGACCAGAGACAGAAAUCCAUGGGGCUGCCCACCUCAGACGAGCAGAAGAAACAGGAGAUCCUGAAGAAGUUCAUGGAUCAGCAUCCAGAGAUGGAUUUCUCCAAGGCCAAAUUCAACUAGCUCCUGUAUCUGCCUCCCUGAAUUCUUGGGGCUGAGCCUCCAGCCAUCCAACCUCCUUUCCCACCCUUCCCUGGGACUUGGGAGCCUCAGGGCUGGGGCAGGCAGGGGACUAGCCCAGGCACGCAGGUCCCAGGGCAUUAUGGGAGAAGGGCUGGGGCCUCUGGGGUCUGGUCCUCCCCAGUUGGCUGUUACACAUUAAAGCUAUUUACCCAGC